UGUGUGUGUGUGUGUGUGUGUGUGUGUGAGAGAGAGUGAGAGAGAGAGAGAGAGAGAGAGAGAGAGAGAGCGUGGAGGCGUACAGCUAUGCAAAGACCGUGUCGUGGACUUACAUUGCCAUUACGCACCAUUACGCACUGACAGCUACUUUCAAGCGAAGAGCGCACGUCGCCGAGGAGCGGAGUUUUGGAUUCCUCACAUAUACAAGAAGAAGACAGAAGUUUUUCAUCCAGCGGAAUAGAUUGAUCUUCAGAGCCCAGCUGCCAUUCAUCCGCACAGGAAUGGUGGAUCACUUGCCGCUUGGUGAGGAGACCUUCCUGUAUUACAGCGGCUCCCCGGGGUCUGACUACAACUGCCUCUGUCACCACACAAACGGUGGCACGUUGUCAGGCAUCAUGGUAACUGAAGCAUGCAUCUAUGAUCACCACCACCCCUACCAAGGGAUGACGCUCUCCUCUUCCCCUCGCCUCUCUGAGGAUGACCUCAGCGACUCCUCCAGCCCUCGUUCCUCCCUCUGCUCCAGCCCUGAGUCCUCGUCGCCGACGUUACGGCACGUUCUCGGCUCCAGCUACGAAAGCAGGAGCAGCAGGAGCAGUAGUUCCUCAGGAGGAGAGAGUCAAGACAGCUUGCUGGACCUCCUCCUCUCGCAGGCCUCCCUCACCACCUCAUUAAGCUCUAACGCCAGCAGCGGCUCUCAUUCUUCUCCUCUAUCAUCCUCUCUAUUGCUCUCCUCCCCAGCCUCUUCUUCAUCCUCAUCUGCCCCUCUUUUACCCAUGGGCCUGGCCUGGGAGUCCAAGAGAGAGCAGCGGCUGAGUCUUCAGCAGCACGCCAAAGAGGACUGUUACGAGUUCCCGGUCUUCCUGGAUGACCUGCAGGAUCCUGCGGCGCUCCUCUUUCAGCCAACACUGGAAGAGAUUGAGGAGUUCCUGGAGGAGAACAUGACAGUGGCAAUGGAGAAAGAAGAGGAGGGGAGUGAUGAGGCAAUGUCACCAAUGUCAGAGGAUGCUGAGGCAAAAUGUUCAAGGACAUUAGCAGGGGAACCCGUAUCAGUGUCACAGAACUCAGAUCAGACUGUGCCAGUGGCCCAUUCUCCGCUCUCCUCCUGCACAGAGACCAAAUAUACACCAUGUGCAUCUGACAUGGACAGCUCACCAUCAGCAGCGGAUGUUAGUUGUGCAGCUAGCUCUAGUUCUACUAGUAGUGUUGAUGGGAUCAAACAGGAGGAUUGUGGUUCGCCGCCAGCUUCAUCAGAAGGUACCAGUGCCUCCACUGUGCCAGUCAUCCUACAAAUCCAGCCCAUACAGAUCAAACAAGAGCCCAACCCUAGUGCCAUAUCAGAUGCUGUCACCCAGCAAACCCAACCCCCAAAAACCCAAUCCCAGCCAACCCAGGCCCCGUCGGAUAUCAAAAUCGCCCAACUCCUGGUCAACAUCCAGGGGCAGACUUUUGCCUUGGUACCGCAGCUGCUUUCCCCGACAAACAUUACUGGCUCGAGCAAAAAUGGAACCACCGUUUCCCCCAAAUUUGUCCGGAUCGCACCAGUGCCCAUUGCCGCUAAACCCAUCGGGCUUGGGGAAGGCGGGUUAGGCGCAGGUUCAACUGCAGGGGUCCUUGCUGGAGGUCAGAGGUACCAGAAGAAUGCGGUAGCAGACCUCAUUAAAAUGCACAAGUGCUCUUUUCCUGGCUGUAAUAAGAUGUACACCAAGAGCAGCCACCUUAAAGCCCAUCUGAGGAGGCACACGGGGGAGAAGCCCUUCGCUUGCACGUGGCCCGGCUGUGGAUGGAGGUUCUCCCGGUCUGACGAGCUGUCCCGACACCGCCGCUCCCACUCGGGAGUGAAACCAUACCAGUGCAUCGUCUGCGAGAAGAAGUUUGCCCGCAGCGAUCACCUGUCGAAACACCUCAAAGUCCACCGCUUUCCACGAAGCAGCAGGACAGGACGCUCUGCAAACUGACUCUGCUGACCCCACUCUGACAGACUGACGCUCAGCGGAGAGAGGGGUGGGGGUGGGGGGGGGGCAGCAGGGGGGCUGCGUUCCUGUAUGUGUGUGUGUACUUGUGUGUGACGAAAGACAGAGGAGGGAGAGGGGGGUGAAAGUCCAAACACCUUUUAAAGGAGUCUGUGCAGGACCCUUGAGCUCGUGUGUGUUUAUGUUCAAAUAUGUACGCGUGACGUACAUUCAUGGUACUGUUAUAAUUUAUUGGGUGGCGAGGAAAAGACUGUAAAAACUAAACUAAAACAGAAAACUGUUACUUGACACACCCUCACAGGUGGAAUAAGCUUCUUGUAUAUUACAACUUUUUUUUUGUCUCACUCAAAUCUUUUAGCUAAUCUAAUUUGAAGACAGAUUUGCUACUCAGAGUAUUUUUACACUUUGAGGUGUGUGUUAUUGUUAUUGCUGGAAUCAAAAGCCUUAUAUAAAUGAAAAUGCAUUACUAAGGGGUCUGCUACUAUUUAAAACCCCCAUUUUUUUUACCUUCCUGGAGCCAAGUAAUAGCAAAAAUGCAUCGCUUAAUGGCUUGAAUUUAAUUUGUUGCCCAACAGCAAGAGCUUACUGGACACUGGGAACUACUGGGGCCUUGGUUUAAUUCUUCCUCGAUAGACGGCAGAGUAAAUGAUGCAUCAACAUUCCUGUAGCUUUGAUUACGUGUCUUUGUUGCCUUUGAGUCCCCAUUACAGGAAGAGGAAAAACACUGUAGUUACCACAAAUACAAGAACAAUGCUCAUGUUCUUGUUAAAUUACGGCUCACGAACAAAAAUCAUAUCACUGUGUAAUUUGCACUGGCACACAUGAAAUUUCUAGUUUUCUGCCCACACGACACAAGUACUUUAUGUAGUUGUGUCGUGGUUUGGCUUGACUCACUGCUCUUUAAAACUUUUUUGGUCUCAUCAGGUUGAAAGACCAUUUAGCAGAAUGUUUAAUGGCCUGUUUGGAUCAAACAAAUUGGUUUGCAGCUACAUCCACUGAUUAUCCUUCAAAUUUUUUAAGCCAAGGUUGAAAAUUAUUUACAGAAUCAUACCUAUAUCAUAACAUGUGUUUUCUGGUGUUGUGAUACCAUAUCAUUACUUCAUGUCACUUUAUUGACUUCAUGCCACUGCUGUCAAAAAAUACGAAAAAAUAAUAGAAGACGAUAACUUCGCAUUGCUGAGAGGCACAAGGAAAGGAUGCUGCAUGCUGCUCUUGAACGCAUCGUAUUUCUUUUCUCCUCUCCUGCCAAAUCAAGUCUCUUUUCCACUCUUUUCUCCAUAGAUCAAUUUCAAUACAAACUAAUUUUACAUCUCAAAUGAAAUGAAAUUAUUUACAUAUCAAAUUUAAGCAGGAUUUCUUUUCUUUCCAUUUGUUGAGAAUGGAAUAAAACAAAGAAUAUAACAUAAAUACUGGAGAGGCACAGAGUCAUAGCUAACAUUGCAGCCCGGUCUCAUAGAAAUAUGACAAAUGGACACAAAGUCUUAACAGCGCAUGACAUAUUUGGUGAUAUGAAAUAAUAUGCUGGCAACACAAAAACAAUUCUAUUGCAAAAUCAUUGAGGAUAUUUUGUAAUGGUGGACACACAAAUUAAGAAUAAAGAGCAAACAUGGACUUUCAACCAGGAGACUACCGUUUGUGUCCCGUGUGCAACCAGAAGUCAACAUAGUUACAUGACUUUAUGGACUAAUGUAACUGUGCAAACUACUUUACAUAGGUACUUUACAUAACUAUGCAAAGCACAUAAGUUUAUGUAACUUACGUCCCAUACGUAAUUAUUUUAACCAUAACCCUAAUCUUAUCCUAAAGGUAACUAGUUGGGGGUUUUUUUCUCUUGGUAGUAGUCUUGGGUCUUCCUAGCAAGGCUAGUUGUGGAUUCCAAAUCCAAAAGGGAAAAGUCUCAGGGGAAAAAUAGAAUUUAAUGGUGGCCAAAAAUAGCGACCCCUGACCUAAACCAAACUGCGACUGAUCAUAAUGGACUUUGAAUUAGCGUUGUUUUCGUGUUGCCAGCACAUCAUUUUAACAUGUUUCGUGCCCACCACCAUGUAAUGCAUUGUUAAGAGGUACAUUUCAUCUUUGUCUGUGAGGCUGUGUUAAACAUCAGCCACCAUAAGCUAGCAGUCAUAGCAGACCAAGUAAGGCUGUAGCAGCCAAAUGCCCAAGUGUGUUGAAUUUAAAAAGGGACUGUUGUACUGCUUUUAAAUUAAGCUUUCAGUUUAGAAAAGAAUGAAUAUGCUAUGUCUUCUUUCAAAAGUUACGUAGACUUGCUUUAAUAUAAGGACUAUAUUGGAGCUUUCUUAAAGGGGCAUCAAGUCAAUGGCUCUCUGUUUUCUCACACUGAAGCCUGUUUUCUUGCCAAAUCAAGUUUUCUUUUUCCUUUCCCUUCUACAAAUGAAUUUCAUAAAAUGAAAAAUGAAUCGAUCUGCAUAUUAAAUGUAACUGGAUUUCUUGUUGCCCAUUUGUUGAGACUGGAAUUAUGUGCCGUUACAGCAUCAAAUAACAAAUUUAGAGGAAAUCUUUAUGAAUCCUUUUCAGUUUCUCUGGUCUUAUUACGUGUUACAGCAUAUUCGUCAAAGGUAAAUAGAAAAUUGAAGAGCAUUUAAAAGACACAUUAAAUCUCUCCGUGGUCUUGAACAUAUCAAAUCUCUUGCCAUGAAAUGAGAUGCCUUUGUCUUGUACUGUAGGGGAACAGUGACUGUUUUGCUUUUUUUGUCAUAUCACAUUUACCUGUAUAGAUAGCUUUAGUGUGUGUCAAUCUGCAUCUCAGUUGAAUUAAACCAAAUGUGUGAUGGGAGGGAUGCAAAAUGCCUGCUGCACAGAGUUCAGACGUGAUCUCCUGUGCCAUAAAGUUGAGGAUCAAUUGACAACAUUCAGUAUUGAAACUGUUUAAAGAAAGAAAUGUCAAAGUUUGAACUGGAAUCAAGAUGUUUUUUGGAAGUGUUUGAUUUGCUGAAACAAGUGUUCAGUACGCAGCAGCGGAACGAGAUGCCAUAUGGGGGAAGUGUAUUAUCGAUGUCAGGCAUUCCUUCCAUACAAUCAGAAGAAUUGCUUUUCUGAAUGGGCGUCAUUCGUGAGCCCAUGAAUGUAUGUAAAUACUGUAUAUGCAUUUGAAAGGAGUACUGAAAUAUUCUUCUAGUGAUUUCUGUGAUUGUGAAAGAUUUUUUAAAGAAUAUGUAAAGAAAGAGUACAUAACGUGAUAAUUCAAAUAUAUAGUGAAAAAUGUGGCAACUUACUUUUUUGUCAGGUUUUUACACAACACAUUAAAAGGCUCAUGAAAUGUUUCAUAAUACCUUCACAGACAUUUUCUCGACUUGCACAGCCACUUCGUCAGGUGCAAAUUGCAAUACAGCUGCAAGUAUUGUGAAACAUGUGUUGAGUAGUGUGCUCUGUAAACACUUUACAAAGAAAGAGUUGCUUAAAAUGUUAUAUUUUUGCUUUUGUUCUUACGUAAAACACAUUUACAAUAAAAAUCCCAAAACCAA